AGAGGGGGGAGUUUUUUUCAACGAAGAGGAAAUCCUAAGGAAAUGUGUGGGAUCACGCUCGGUGUUUCCAAAGAAGCUUGGACAUUAUUGACAAACUCUUUUCAUUGACUGACGUUAGUUUGUGGAGCAGACUGAUCUUCAGAUACAAACACGGGUGAGGUGAUAGAGAAGUAAAACGGGAGGGGAAAGAGGGGGAAGCGACAGUCGUUUAGGUCAAAAUGUCGAUUCAGUACGAGGUGGAACAGCUGGCUGACAGCUACGGGGUGGCAGACUCGUUCCCCAAAGAUUUCGGUUAUGGGGAUGAAGAGGAGGCCGAUAUCGAGGACAGCCCGUCGCCGUCCGAUAGCAAACCCAGGAUCCUGCUUAUGGGUUUGAGAAGAAGUGGAAAAUCAUCCAUACAGAAGGUGGUGUUCCACAAAAUGUCCCCAAACGAGACCUUGUUCCUGGAGAGCACCAACAAGAUCUACAAGGACGACAUCUCCAGCAGCUCCUUCGUCAAUUUUCAGAUCUGGGACUUCCCGGGUCAGGUGGACUUCUUCGACCCUACCUUCGACUACGAGAUGAUCUUCAGAGGGACCGGAGCUUUGAUAUUUGUCAUCGACGCUCAGGAUGAUUACGUGGAGGCUCUGGGCAGGCUUCACCUCACCGUGUCACGAGCCUACAGAGUCAACCCUGAGAUCAACUUUGAGGUGUUCAUACACAAAGUGGACGGCCUCUCCGACGAUCACAAGAUCGAGACUCAGAGGGACAUCCACCAGAGAGCUAACGACGACCUGGCAGACGCUAGCUUAGAAAAACUGCAUCUCAGCUUUUACUUGACGAGUAUUUACGACCACUCCAUCUUCGAGGCCUUCAGCAAGGUGGUGCAGAAGCUCAUCCCUCAGCUCCCCACUCUGGAGAACCUCCUCAACAUCUUCAUUUCUAAUUCAGGGAUCGAGAAGGCCUUCCUGUUUGACGUGGUCAGUAAGAUCUACAUCGCCACAGACAGCUCCCCUGUAGACAUGCAGUCUUACGAGCUGUGCUGUGAUAUGAUCGAUGUGGUCAUCGACGUCUCCUGUAUCUAUGGCCUGAGGGAGGACGGCAGCGGCAGCGCUUACGACAAGGAGUCCAUGGCCAUCAUCAAGCUCAACAACACCACUGUGCUGUACCUGAAAGAGGUCACAAAGUUCCUGGCCCUUGUCUGCAUCCUGCGGGAGGAGAGCUUUGAGCGCAAAGGAUUGAUAGACUACAACUUCCACUGUUUCCGGAAGGCCAUCCACGAAGUAUUUGAGGUUGGAGUUUCCACCCAGCGUCCAGCGGGCUCCCAGGCAGUCGGCUCACCCUGCAACAAGGCCGUCGCACUGAACGGCACGCCGCGCAACACUGUCUAGACACUGAUGCAAAAUAGAAAAAUAAAAAGACUGAAAAAGAGAUGAAAGAAGAAGAAAGGGCAAGGGAGCCUUUAAUAAAGGAGAGACUACUAAACUGGAGCUCAACCGGUGCGCAUAACAACAACAUCCCCUGCUCCCAGCACCCAAAGGACUGAGAGACGGCACUGGAGCACAGCAGGGACGGAAGGGAAAUUCAAGCAUUCGUUUCAGGAAAAAUGCAAAGCACUGUGUCGGCUGUGAGGAGGUCUAAAGAGUAAAAACUGCACCUGGACAGGGACAGGUUCAGGAUCCUUCUUUGGAUUUCCGAAAGUGGUCAAAGUCUGUGAUGAUUCGCUGCUGCUGGUCCCUCUGAAUGAACAAUGCGAGGAGGACAAAACACACCCGUGUCGUGACCUCUCUCUCUCUCUCUCUCCAUGGACAAACUGUGAUGUCAGUUUUCAGGAAUCUCGUGAUGAACCCACCCCGACCACUUCUGUGCUGAUUUAAAGAUGGCGGACAUAAACUGCUGGUUGUAACCCACACAUGUUCAGAGAUGGCCUUAUGUAGAUGAAGCUUGUCUGCAGUGCAAGCUUUCUCUCACCACCACUCACCUCACCCUACCUGAAUGCUGCCCGAAACUCGCUUUUUGGUUUCACUUGUGAAGGGAAAACAGACUGAAAAGGGAUCGUGCUGUCCAUCUUAGUCUUGUGUGUGUGUGUGUGUGUGUGUGUGUGUGUGUGUGUGUGUGUGUGUGUGUGUGUGUGUGUGUGUGUGUGUGUGUGUGUGUGUGUGUGUGUGUGUGUGUGUGUGUGUGUGUGUGUGUGUGCUUGCGUGAAUGCAGGUAUUUGUGUGUGUACAUGAGGUGGUUUUGAUGAGAUCCCAGACAGGGCUCUGUCUGUUCUGGUGAAGGACCUUUUACAGAAAGUUUCUCAAUUAACAGCAGCUUAGCAGAUUUAAACUCUUCUCAAUCAGUGAAAUUAUCUUUUCUGUGUGUGCUCCACUGAAAAUCAAACAUGUGAUUGACCUUUUAAUAGGUUGUAAAAAGUAAGUUUGGCUGGAAAUUUGGCAACAUUAUUUGCAAAAGCACUGCCAAAAUGUUGACACGACUCUUAAGCGGUGACAUGAUGAAAACUACAUGAAAGAAAUGUAUCAGGUCUGGCUGAGCGGCAGGACUGACGGAAACUUAAACGGUGAUGAUAUGAAGAAAACAUGCAUGUUUUCCACACACAGCGUCAGUCCUGCCCGAAUAAUUAUGAACUAAUGUUUCACACUUAGUUUGGCUCUUCAGCAAGAUUCACUAAAAAUGUACCCAUUCCAAGCAUGCAUACAUGGAUGUGUUGUCAAGUUGUGUUGUUCUCAAUCAUAAUACUGCUCAUUGUACUCAAAGAGUGAAAAUGGAACUAACCAUAAUUUACACUGAUGGAAGAGACAAAGACCAAAUUUCAUUACUUGCAACGUUACAGUGACACCUGAGAUGUCCACGUCUGCAUUGUCUGUUCUACCAGGGAUGAGAAAUGGAAAUCUGAGGACUAAGAGCCUGAGUCCUGAAGCUUGUUUUCAUGUUAUCAAGGUAACUUUUGCCUGGUUCACUUUGUCUCAGAUUCUUAAGUGUUCUCAAUCAGCAAAGUUAUUCAGGUAACUAUCUGAAUUUGCUUCAUGAAACAGGCCUAAUAUCUUUUAAACCCAGUCAUUAUCAGUCACCUGAAAAUAAACACUUGCACAUCAGAACUGUGAUGGAUGAUUGAUUUGUGUAUCGUGAUGCUAUCUUAUGUGGAAAUAAAUGAAAUUUACAUUUA